AAAGAGUUUUUACUGAGGCGGAGCUCAGUAGUCUGUUAACAGAGUCCAGGAUCAGGGAAACAAAAACAUUUUUUGAUAAAGGUGUGCUGGUGUUUUUAAUCCAAUCUCUCAGCAAGUGGAACAAUGAACAAGGAGGAAUUAACUUUACCUGGCUUCUCGCAAAACACUAUCCAAACACCUAUUCCGGAGAACACUGCAGCCACUGAUGACAAUGUCUCCGAUGGCGAUGAGAAUUUGGAGCGAGGCAACUGGUCUUCGAAGACUGAGUACUUACUCUCAAUGAUCGGCUAUGCUGUGGGUCUGGGCAAUGUCUGGCGAUUCCCUUAUCUGGCAUACAAAAAUGGAGGAGGAGCGUUUCUUAUUCCCUAUGUUAUCAUGCUGGCGUUCGCAGGGAUGCCUCUCUUUUUCUUGGAGUGCUCAUUUGGACAAUUUGCCAGCCUUGGACCUGUUGCAGUGUGGAAAGCUGUGCCAAUCUUACAAGGUGUGGGCAUUACUAUGGUACUUAUAUCAACAUUUGUGACCAUUUAUUACAACUGCAUCAUCGCCUACAGUCUAUUCUACUUGUUUGCCUCCUUCCAAUCUCCACUGCCAUGGUCAGACUGCUUCAGUUGGUGGGGUGCAGAUGAAGCCUGCAGUAGGACAUCCAAAGAUCCAUUCUGCAAUUUUACACUGGAUAAUGGAGAUAUUGACAUUGUUAAUUCAACAUGGCUACAAGCAAACAAUGUAACUUGCACAAAUGGAUCACAAAUCUAUGUUCCUCACCAGGGUCCAAGUGAGCAAUACUGGGAUAAAGUGGCUUUACGCCGCACAAGUUCAAUGGAUGAGACGGGGCAGAUAGUCUGGUACUUAGCCCUCUGUCUGCUUCUGGCCUGGUUGAUCGUUGGGCUAGCAUUAUCCAAAGGAAUCAAAUCUUCAGGAAAGGUGGUUUAUUUCACAGCAACAUUUCCUUAUGUGGUUCUCAUUAUACUCCUGGUCCGAGGUGCUACUCUGGAAGGUGCCUAUAAAGGAAUUGAAUUCUAUAUUGGAAGACAGUCAGAUAUCAGUAGAUUAUCUGAUGCGGAGGUCUGGAAAGAUGCUGCAACUCAGAUAUUCUAUUCAUUGUCAGUUGCUUGGGGAGGUUUAACAGCACUGUCAUCCUACAACAAAUUUCACAACAACUGUUACACAGAUGCCUUAAUUAUCUGUGUGAUUAAUUGUGGCACAAGUGUGUUUGCGGGAUUUGCCAUCUUCUCAGUCCUUGGACAUAUGGCUCAUAUACAAGACAAGCUUGUAUCAGAGGUUGCAAAAUCAGGUUUCGGUUUGGCUUUCAUUGCCUAUCCAGAAGCUCUUGCACAGCUGCCAGUGGCACCUUUUUGGUCCAUUUUAUUUUUCUUCAUGUUGGUCACUCUCGGACUUGACAGUCAGUUUGCAACUAUCGAAACAAUUUUGACAGCGCUGCUGGACCAAUUCCCCAAGGUUCUACAAUCAAAACGCAUUUAUCUGACAGCAGGCAUUUGCUCAAUAUUUUUUUUCCUUGGCCUUACAUGUGUGUCACAGGCUGGUAUUUAUUGGAUCAAUAUACUGGAUCAUUUCUGUGGUGGAUGGGGAAUUCUAGUCGCAGCUGUUGUAGAACUUAUUGGUAUAAGCUGGAUCUAUGGGGUAAACAGAUUUAUCAAGGACAUUGAGAUGAUGAUCGGAGAAAAAAGUUGGAUAUUCUGGCUGUGGUGGAGACUGUGUUGGUUUUUUAUCUCCCCAUGUCUGCUGACAGCAAUUUUAAUUUGGUCCUUAGCAACAUUUGUUCCACCAACAUAUGGAUCUAUUCCAUAUCCUACUUGGGGAAUAGCACUUGGCUGGUGUAUGAUUAUCUUCUGCGUUAUAUGGAUCCCCAUUAUAGCUGUUGUGAAAAUUGUUCAAGCCGAGGGCUCUAGUUUAUUUCAGAAAAUCGUCAGAUCUUCCAAGCCAACUCAAGACUGGGGUCCUUACUUAAAGCAGCACCGAGGAGAAAGAUACAGCAAUAAGCAUGAUUUCAAACAAACUGGCUUGGCUGAGAUGGCAAAAUUAUAGGCACUAGUUACAAUUCCAUUUAUAAAUAUUGUUCCAAUAUUGAAGAAUAUUUUUCAAAGUUAGUUUUAAAAUAGGGAAAACAGCUUCAUCUAAUAAAUCUGACAUAGCACAGGGACAAUCUUAAGGACACAAGCUCUUCAUGUACAGUUUUGCCAGAGAGCAUUUCUCAAAAAUUCUUGCUUGUGAAUCCUUGGUAAAGAAGACUGACCAAGUUUCCAAAGUGCAAACCAAUGGUCAUGCCUAAAGUACAUAUUCAUUAAAUUAUCCUUCUCAACUAUGACUUUAAAUAUUUCAUAAUUUUUUUUAAUGACAAUGACAAGUAUCCUAACUCUCAAGCAGUAGAUGUCAUGGAUUAAAUUAAAAAAAGAUAUGGAAAUAUAAUUCAACAGAUACUUUUAAGGCUGAGACAGAUAGAUUCUUGAUUAGUAAGAGUGCCAAGGGUUAUGGGGAGAAGGCAGGAGAAUGGGGUUAGGAGGGAGAGACAUAUCAGCCAUGAUUGAAUGGUGGAGUAGACUUAAUGGGCCGAAUGACCAAAUUCUGCUCCUUUCACUUCUGACCUUAUGAUAAUGCCAUCGACCGUAACACCUACUAGUUUCAUUUUUAAGACAAGGGAUGGUUGAUCAAAAAUCUCCUGAUAAAGAGAUUAAACUUUAAAUAAUAUAUUUCAUACAUUCAUUUUAAUAAUCAUUCUAUUUUUAAUCAUUCAUAACUGGGUUUCCCAAAUUUCCAAAAAAGAUGACAACAGAAUGCAAGUAUCAUUGAUUUAUGACACAGAAAAAGCAGAAUAUUUCCACCCUUGAUGACAACUGAUUGCUGUUGGUCUGUUCACCUCUAUACUCAGCAGCAGUCUGUCUUUCACCAACCAUACCAAGACCGCACAACUAUAAUCAGGAACUGGACACCCCCCAAUCUGGAAUGCCCACCCUAUAAGCCUCACUCAUUGGUAACUACCUGCUCAUUAUAGUCUUUGAUCUUAUCAAGACGGGAAUCUACCUGAUUAAAUGUAAGCCUAUUAAAUCAGGCACUGGAAUUUAAAGGAUACCUGCAAUUAAAGUCGGCAGUCAACAUUUGCAAAUGUUUAUCUACCACACAGCUAUAUGCCUUUAUCUGUCUCCCCUCCACCCCUUAAAUUACCUUUCUUCACACUAAUGUCUAAAUUAAAGGUUUCCUUGCUUUUCAGGUGCACCAGCCACCCGCACAUCUUCCCUGCAUACAUUGGUGGAGAAUUGUAGUGGUAACAAUUACAGCUAAGAGCCCACCUUAAUUACAUGACUGCUUAUUCGUUUAAGCAAAACAAUGUGCCACCAAUCCAGUGAGCAUAUUGCUCCAUCUGACAAUAUGAAUCAGUAAGAAGCAUCCUCCUCUCAACCCUAUAAAAUCUAAGCAGAGAGAAAAUAAAACCCAUAAGCAGGUUCAUCUGGUAGUGAGGAGGAUGGAGAAAUAUAGUGACUACUCAAAUACAAUUCAUACAUUUUUCUUCCUUCCUUUAAGAUUAAGUAUAAUUGAAAUAUUAAGUCCGGUUAUAAGACUGAUUACAAGUGAUUGUUUCAUUGAUUGCUUUUUGUUUACGCUAUGUCACUUUAUACUACAAAUUAUACAAAGGCCUCUUGAAUAAUCACAGUCUCUUCUAACUUAUUCAAUCAAGUCCUGGGUAAUUGAUAGUGUUGGAGUAUCUUUGUUGGAGUCCAACUGUAAAUGUGGAUUCCAUCACUAUGAAUAUACCAGUUGACGUGACUGGAUUGGACAUUUGUUCUAUGUUCUGUCUGCUUUUAUUUCCUUUUGUAAGAUCCAAUUAUAUCAGUUAACUUUUCUGGUCUGGCUGCUUUUAUUAAAAUGAUCCCUGGACCACAAGAAGUUGCUACUAUUUCAGCCUCCUUAACUCUUAAUAAAAAAACGUCUCCAUUUGCUCUUCUUUCAGUCACACCAAGCUUAUAUCACAAUUGCUUACAAAUGUCAAAACAUGCUCAUUAACAAACCACACUAAAAAAUGAAGCAAAGAGGAACAUAAAGUAAAAAUGCAGUCCAGGAAAGUACCCAAAAUGAUCAUUUAAUUAUGAAGGAAUUCCACUUUCUCCAGUCACCAUGGAUGCCUUUAGGAAAUUUGUUGAACCAGAAAAUAUUACAGAAUUUGGACUGCAGAGGUUUGGUGAGAUACUAUGUCACACCUUAUUACAUAAGCAAAAUUUGAUGUUUAUGGUCACAGUAACACAAGGCCACCAUUGAAUGGACUCGUGUUAUGUGAUAAUAUAACUAAAGCAGUAUUACAAAUGAUCCACAUAAUGAUCAAAGUCGGUAAGUACUUGAGAACAAAAUGAAACACCAUUCAUGUAUGGUCUUUUGACUGACAAUAACCUCGAAGAUUUUUCAAAUAAAAUGGAUCGAGAGCUAUGGAAAAUACAAAAAUAGCAUGGAUUGACUUAACACAAUGUCAGGACUGACAUGACUGGCCUAUUGGCAAUCUAUACUAGAAGAUGAGCUGAAACAACACAACUGAAAGUAACUCUAUAUGUUCAGUUUUGCAUUCUUUAUUUUCACAUGUACCGAGGUACAGUGAAAAGAUUUUGUUUGCAUUCUAUCCAAUCAUAUAUGAAUACAAUCAAGCAACUCUCUGGUUAACUUGUCCCUUCCCACCCAAACCACCCCCUCCCCAGGUACUUUCCCCAGCAACCACAGGAGAUGCAACACCUGUCCCUGUACCUCGCCCCUCGACUUCGUCCAAGGCCCCUAACAGUAUUUUCAGGUGAGGCAGAGGUUCACUUGCACCUCCUCCAACCUUAUCUACUGUAUCUGCUGUUCCAGGUGUGGACUCCUAUAUAUGAGUGAGACCAAACGCAGGCUCGGCAAUCGUUUCACUGAACACCUCCACUCAGUCCACCUAAACCUACCAGAUCUCCUGGUUGCUAAACACUUUAUCUGCCCCUUUCAUUCCCAUACUGACCUUUCUGACCUCCAUUGACAGUGAUGCCCAGGGCAAAUUGGAGGAACAACACCUCAUAUUUCGCUUGACGCCCCAGCAGUAUGAAAAUUGACCUCUAACUUCAAAUAACCUUGCUCUCCAUCCCUCCCCCCUUCCCAGUUCUCCGACCAGUCUGACUGCCCUCGAUCACAUUUUUUCUACGUUUGCUUUGUUGUUACCUUCUCCGGGCUAACAAUGAUCUAUUCUACAUUUUCCAUGAUCUCCACACUCUUUAUCUUGUUUUCACACCUUACACUUCCUUAUCUCUGCAUUUUCCGAUCCCCUGACACUGAAGAAGGGUCUUGAUCCAAAACAUCGCCCAUUCCUUCUAUCCAGAGAUGCUGCAUGUCCCGCUGAGUUACUCCAGCAUUUUGAGUCUAUCUUCAGUUUAACCAUUGUUUGUGCUUGGUUUAAAUGGUGAAUAAAUAUUAGAUUAGCUCUGUUGAACAGAGUAACCUAGUUCUGUGUAUUCUAUGUAAUUAUGUUUUAUUAUUGCCUUUUUUUAAGAAUUAAAGUUUCUGCUUCCUAA